AUGCUAAAAUCUCUGAAAGUGUCAGCCUUCAUCCUGCUUGUAUUUGCUGUUGGAUUUCUUUCUAGAAUCAAUCACGAGGACAGCAAGUUUUUCCUCUUUAGAAAAAUAAGCUUCAAUGUCUUCAGUUCAGAUAAUAUCCUAAAUAAUAUCCUAAGUGAAGGAAAUGGCAUCAUAUUCCUAGAGAUAACUGACAGGAUGGAUCCACCUGCUUUGGUCUUGUGCUCUAUUGAAUCAGCAGCUCGUGUAUACCAUGACAGGCCUGUGGUUUUCUUCAUGAAUGGUUUGCCUGACCUGAAAUCAGAAGAUGACCAGAUCCAGGCACGAAAGAUACUUCCAGUUCUUUCAUCUUUUGAUAAUGUCUACUUGUUUCCUCUACGGAUGGAAAAACUUUAUGCAGAUACUCCUCUUUUCAGCUGGUAUAAAAAGAUUAAACCAGAACUGGAAAAAUUUUGGAUACAUGUUAGCUCAGAUGGAUGCAGAUUUGCUUCAAUAUGGAAAUAUGGUGGUAUUUAUAUGGACACUGAUGUCAUUUCACUCCGGCCCAUUCCACAUAAGAAUUUCCUAGCUGCAGAAAGUUUGACUGUUUGUAGCAGCAGUGUUUUUGGACUUGAUGAUCAUCACAACUUUACUUGGAAGUGUAUGGAAGACUUUGUAAAAAACUACAAUGGGGCAGUGUGGGGACACCAAGGACCAAGUCUCUUAACACGAGUUAUGAAAGAGUGGUGUGUUGUACCUACAUUUCAUAAUACAGAUGAUGCCAGCUGUGGAAGUAUCCCCUAUUUACACCCCCAACGUAUCUAUCCAAUUGCAUACCCAUCAUGGAGGAGAUACUUUCAGGUUUGGCCAAAAAUACCAACAUUUAAUGACUCUUAUUCUUUGCAUCUCUGGAAUUACAUGAAUAAUAGAAACAUGAGAGUGGUCCCUGGCAGUAACACAUUGGUUGACCAUUUGUUUAAACAGCACUGCCCCACCACUUACGCAUCUUUAUUAACUCAGGAGUCUGUUGUCUAAUAAAGAUUGAUUCAUGGUAUUGUUUACUAUAGGCAAUAUGAUAAUAAGUCAAGGCAUGUGUCUAAUAGAACUGGCUACGAUAAUGUCGCUAUAACACAUGCAAAUGACUGCUAUGCAGCUUGUUGAAAACAUUGUAUUAUUCAAAAACUAGAACUGCUUAAAAAAGAAUGAAAAAUGGAAAAUGUAUUUUUUAGUCUGAUACUAGGAAUAAAAAUUGGUGGGAUUUCUUA